GCUCGAUACAAAGAGAGACGCGCUCUCUUUGAAAUCUCACGCCCAAGACAGCCACCGGUGCCGCGCGUGCGUGUGCGCUGCCCACCAGGCAUAUAGAUAACGCCUGCGGCCCAAAAAUUUGAACCGCGCGCGCGCACGGCCAAACGAAGCCACAGAGCCAGGGCGCGCGCCAACCCAAAAGCAGCCAAAGAAAUGGCCAAAAAGAAGUCCAGCGCCGCCGCCGCCACGACAGGCGCCCCGGCCCGGCGCGCGGCGAGCGACGCGCAGCAGAAGAAGCGCCCGGCGAGCGGCGACGACGCGCCCCAGCAGCCGCCGCGCAAGAAGUCGGCCAAAGAAAGCGCUCAAGCGGCGGCCAAACGUAGAGCGUCCCAGGACUUCGCCCCCUUCGCGGACCUCGUAUCCUUAGAGCCGCGGGAACUGGCAAAACGACUGGAGCAGGCCCAGACCGCCCUCGGCCACACGCGCCAGGAGGACGCGCGGCCGCGCGGUCUCGCCAAAUUAGCAAGACAGCUCGCGACGCCGGAGAUCUCGGAGCACCGUUCUACCUCGGUACGGUUGUGGGCGGCAACGUGCGUGUGUGAAGUCCUUAGAAUCUUCGCGCCGAACGCGCCCUAUGGGGACGGCGAAUUACUAGCUGCGUUCCGAUUAUUGGGAGCUGCUUUGAAAGCGGCGGGCGCCGCCUCGAACGGGCGCGACGGCGAUCUCGCCCGGAGGCAAGCUAGACAUGUUAUCGAGUCGCUCAGACAGUUCCAGUCCGCUUGUGCAUUGACGGAGCUCUACGCGUCCGGCGCGGAGGGGUCCCAGAACGGUUUAUUAGAUUUCUGCGAUGCUCUACUACGAAGCGUCUCGGGCGAGACGUCGUCCGAGUUACGGGAUGCUACGUUAGACGUCAUGAGUGGGGUGGUGGCGCAAUUGGACGCCAUCCCCGACGGUCUCGUGGAACUACUAUUAGUAUCGUUACUCCCGUCGGGCCGAAAGGCCGCCCCGACGACGCAUUGGCUCGCGCAAGCAGUGGUGAGGAGAGGCGCCGACGCCCUGACGCGACCCGUGGCCGCCUGGUUGAAUGGUUGCCUCUCAUUGUCCCCGACGGAGGGCAUCGUCACGCCGGAAAACGAAAAGAAAAAAAAAAGAAGAAGGCGCUCGGACGACUCGUCGUCGUCCUCAGAGGAAGACGAAGAAACGCCGCUCAAGCGCAUCGGCCAGGACACGCUGGCUAAGUCCGACGCGUCCGGCGCGAACGCCUACGCGUUGGUUUUUGAGGUCCACCUCGCGGAGCCGCGCAUGUUACUGUAUACUUUACCGAAAGUGUCAGAAAGGUUACUCGCGGAGGACGACCGGACGCGAGAAGCGACGCUCACCUUACUCGGAAGACUGUUCGCCUCGCCGAAGGAGGACUACGCGUCGAGCUACCCGGGCAUCUAUCAGGAGUGGUUGAGACGGUUCCACGACAAGUGUAGUGAGGUGAGAUGCGCCAUGGUCCGCGUUUCUCUCAGAGUGGCCGCCGCGAAACCUCAGCUAAGAGCCGCAUUGAUAGAGCAAUGCGCAGAACGUACACAAGACAAAGAUUGGGAGGUGCGACGAGCGGCCACGCGAUCCCUAGCCGACGCGAUGCUCGACACGGCCCCGUCCGGCCUGAAGGAUUCAUCUGGAGGCAAGGACUGGGACGUCGCUUGCGAGUCGUUGAGACGAGUCGCCAAAGAUAAAAGACCGGAGAUCCGGAAGGAGUGUUUGACGGGACUGGCUACUCUAUUCAGGGCUCAUGUUUCCGAUAAUUGGGAAGAUAGUGAAGAGGCGUUGAACGCUACAUGUUCAAACGGUCUGAAGCGCUUGGGAUUCGUUCCUUCUCUACUAGUCCAAAGCUACGCGUCUUCCGUAAAUGUGGGAGAGGUGUCGGAGCGGGCUCGGUUACUCUUGGACGACCACAUGUUGGAUAGUAAGUCUGAUGAUGAUAUGCGGGGCUGCGCGUUCGUUUCCACUGUGGCUUCAUCAGUGAUUGAGGAUAGUGUGGAAAGUUCGCUGGGGGCGUUAUUUGCGCGGACGGCCGUGUCGCAGCGGGCCCUUUCUGCGCUGUUAGAUGCUAUCGAGUCGGCGCGAGCGUCGGAAGACAAAACGAGGGCCAACCAAGUCGUGAAAACUGCGGUGGAGGACGUGGUGCGCUGCCUUCCGGGUCAGAACGCAAGGACCUUAGUGCAACAGUUAACCCAAGCGCGCGACCGGAAGAUCUUUCGCAGUUUAGCUACGUCGAAUGACCUCACGAAAAGUAGGGACGUGCGACGAGCCGCUCGCGAUGAUGCUGUGAAGAGGAUCGCGGCGUCCGGCAAGCGCGACUGCGCGUCGUACGUGUCCAAGCUGCUGAAGAAGACGGGCGACGCCGUCCUCGACGCGCAGUCGUUCUCUGCAAUAUUACAGAGAGCUUCCCGAAGCGAUGCUGACAAAGUCGUGCUCCGAGGCGCUACCUUAGCCUGCACGUUGCUAGCUCAAAGGCACCCUUCAUUACUAGCGGCUUCGUCAGAGGCUGUGGUCGCUUUUACUACUGCGUCCGCGGACGCUCGUCAUCCACAAGCCUUCACGGCUGCGGCAAGGGCGUGCCAGGCCAUCGGUUCGAAGGCCAAAGACGCCGAUUCAUCUCUAAGAAAGGUCGCGACGGCGCAAGGAAGUUGGCGCGGCGACGACGAUGAUGAUGAGGACGGCUUCCUCGCGGCGUGCGCCAAAGAAGGUGUGGCGGCCUUAGCUUCACUACAUGACGAGACCGGAGGUUCUACGAUUCUCGACGCGUUGGACGACAAGAGCGACGACUGCUGGAUCUACGGUGCGUCUCGGUUGCUGGCGAGGUUGCGAGCUCUGACACGAGUUGUGGAACUCUUCCCGGAAGACAUCGCGACGUCUGAUGUUGUUACUCGCGUAAAAACGUCUCUCAUCGACCAGCGGCCGCCGCCGGACCUCGCCUUCGAUGAGAAUGAGGGUAGAUCUUCGUUAAGUGGUUCCGACUUCGGCCGGCCGAAGAAUGAUCAGGCUUUCGCCGAGGCGUUCCUGGCGUUACGAGCGGCCCUGAAAGUCGUUACGGCGUGCGCGAGACCUCUACAAGACAAGGAAUGCGGCCGCGAGAAAGCAGCAAGGCAAGAUGCGUUCGACCUGUGCUUCAAAGUUAUUGAAAGCGACGGCGAGCCGCCCUCGGGCGCGCAGUGUACUUCGGAGGAGCGAGCCGAGUUACGCCUGACGGCGGCGUCCAAUGCCCUAGCUUUAUGUUGCGCCAACAAGGAGGCCAAUAGGGAGUUAUCUGCAUCAAGGUAUGCGUCGUUAGCUUCGGUGCUCGUCGAUAGGGACGAUGUGGUGCGCAACAAGUUCGCACGGAAACUCUCGCAGGCCGUAUCUAGUGGACAGGCUAGUUUCGCGAAAUGGGCCGGCGCGUUAGUGUUAGUUGCGUUGGCGCCCGCGUCUGGAAGUGACGAGAAGGAAGAAAAACGCAAGGCCGUCGCCAUGGCUUCUCGAGCUUUGAGAGUCGCCGUCGCGCGCCAACGUAGAAGUCAUGCGCAAGCGAUCCGAAGACUGCCGCCAGGGGCCGGCACGAACGAGGUCGAUCGUCUGGCGACGCGGUACCUGCCGGACUACGCGUUGCCCUACGCGGUGCACAACAUCGCUCGAACUACAAGAGACGACGCCAAGGUCUCCAAGGCCUUGUUGUUACUGUUGGAGCCGUUAGUAGCUACAGCGGGCGACAAGGGCGUCGCGUUUCUGCUCGCGGCGUGCGCGGACAUGUCCGGCCACGACGACGCGUCCGGUUCGGGCCCGUGUCCUUUUGAUCAUAUUCGUGUCUCUUCAUGAGCCCACGUCGCGCCAUCGACGCGACACCUUACGGGUUUGCGUCCACGCAGGCGGCGACAACACUCGUAGAUUAAGAGCCACGGCGUCGCUCGGCGCCGAGGUCGUGAAGAAGCACUUCGUCAAGAACGUCGACGCCCUGGGCGAGCACCACGGCGCCGUCUACCUGCCGACGCAGCUCUACAAGGAGUCGAGCGAUCCGCACGCGCUGAUCGAGGCGCGGCGCAAGUCGUCCGAGCCGUCUUCGGUGAAGAAAGGACGGAAGCCGGCGGCCAAGAAGCCGGCCCGGAAGCCCGCCGCGAAGCGGGCCCGCGACUCCUCCGACGAUUCGUCGGACGGCGAGGUCAUCCACGCGACGUCGGCGGCGGACCGCGCCGCGCGCCGCAAGUCGUCCAAUGAAGGUGUGCGCCGCGCGGCCCAGAAGAACCAGGUGCCCGUGCGCGAGUUCGACAAGGAGAACUCGUCCACUUCGGCCUGAUCAAUCCCCUUUCCCCUUCCCUCUGCGGCACAAGGCCGAGUCCCCGCUCCGGAGCGGGUGGGGCGUAAGAGGCGCUUCUCGUGUG